AUGAGUAUUGGACGUGCAUCACUAGCAAAGCUUCCAGCCAUCUCAUCUACAUCAUCGUUUGGAGCAGUACCAUCUAAAUAUAAUGGAGCGUCUUCAAAGCUUCCACAUCAAAGUGACAAACCAACUCGCAUUCAACAGACACAUUCUCAGCAGCAGUACCUUCGUGACCUCUUUCGCAUGCGAUAUUUCCGGUUUAAAUCUAAAGAUAUUGACAAGACAAUCGACUUUUAUACUACGUUUGGAAUGAGUGUAAAGUAUGAUGGUGAGCAAGAGUGUGUAUUGGCACCCGUUCCUCCUAUAGCUCCUCAACCUAUACAGCACUCUACAUUUGGUAAAGCAAGAGCCAUGGAAAUGCAUGUCGCUCAUCAGAUACAUGCUGCAAAUGGAACAAAUGGGUUAUUUGGAAAACAGCCUGCCGCGCUUAGAAAAAAUGAUAUAAAACAUACAUUUUCCAACUCUGCGCUGAACGAUAGAGAUAAAAAUGACGAUGAUGAGGUGGAUUCUCGUGCACGAGUGAUUAUCCUUUCAUAUGAUGCCGUAGCCUUGUCGCAUAAUAAGAAUGAUUUUGACCACGCUGAUAGAAUACAGCUGAUUUUUGAAGAUAUUUCGACUCGAAAAGAUUCGACAUUGGAUUCCAAAUAUAUUCCUCAGUCAGACAUAACAGAUAGGCCAGUGACUCAACCUAAAACCGAUUCUUUUAUACCAGCCCAUCAUGGCGCUACACAUCCUCGAAUGGAAACAAAAGUGCAACAUAAUUACGAAUACUUGGUGAUAUACGUUCAUUUUAUUCAUCGACUUGUAAAACGAUUUAGUGCCAAAGGCUAUGAUAUUGUAUUACCGCCAACGGAGCUAGAUUCCAUGAAAUUGUGUAUUCUCAAAGAUCCAAAUGGCAUUGAAGUGCGAUUGUAUGACAUGCCAGAUUCUUUGUUGAAUGAAAGAAACAGCAAAAACCCGUGGUUUACCAGACUAGGAUACUACGCCAUUCCAACCUCUUAUGCAAACGAUACUGCGCUAAUGUAUGAGGCUCUUUUUCAAAUUCGCACACCAAAAUCAUUGGUAGGAAAAGAGGUAAAAGAGAGACUAGAUCAAAUAACUGGUCGAGAGCUAGAUUCAGAUAAUGCUACAUCCCAAACGCGUAAUCUAAGAAAGAUGGGUGCAGUAGGCACUGUUCGUCAAGCCAUAUCCAAGGCACAAGGAUUUCGAUUGGUUGAUAUGGAUGAAUUUGUAGUGGGUCUCAGCAACACGGUGUUUUAUUGGCUUGGAAAUGGUCUACGAACAUCUGCGUGCACACUCUGUUUGACCGAAGUUAGCAAUUCAGACACUGGUUUGGCAAUAACUCAGUUUGACCCAAAAAAAUCACAAUUGAUUGGAAUUGGGUUCGAGGUUCCCAAUCUUGAUGCUGUGAUUCACAAGUUAAAGUAUGAGACCAAAGACCAGCUUAAAUGGAGCAAUGUUAGACAUAAGAUGACUGGAGUAGGUAUGGUUGCUAAAUUCAAGGACAGACUAAACGGUCUUGCGCUGGAGCUAUUUUGUUCAAAAACAGGCGAAGCAGUAUUGUCUAAACCCCAUCAUGAACCAGCUUUUGCACCUGGAAUAAAACCCAUACCCAAGCCGGCAGUAGGAGAGAUCCAAUUCAUUGGUUCGGCCAACGACUCCUUGACAGAAAACACACGCACAGAGUAUUAUGAUAGUAUUGAAAAGUGUAGACGUGUACCAGUGUAUGUCAUCAACCAUAACCAUUUGCGUGGGCAAGCCCGGAUAUUUUCUGCCGAUGCAGUUUGUCGCAUAAAACAAUCUACUGAUUAUCAAUCCAUAUUGCCUCCCACUCCUCCUCCGCAAAUCAUCCCACAAGAGCCCAGAAAAAACACCAAGUUUGGUUUACCAGCAGAUUUAAAAUCCGAAACACAUAAAAGUGGUGCAGACUAUGCACAUAUCGGUCAUGGCAUGUCACUUGCUGCUGGAGAAGUUGAUGUGAAUGAUAAUCAUGAAAAUAGACUGGCUGAUAACCAUCAUUCUAAUAGUGUGAAUACUCAACAUUAUGAUGACGCGGCUCAACCAAAUGAUCAAGCCUUUGCUGAUUUGAAUGAACCAUUGGAUUCUCCUUUAAAUCAUGUACGUCCAAAAAUCAAAACCUAUGACGAUCAUCUUCGAAAAAUAUUUGUAAUGCGAGGAAAAUGUGGAUCUGCUAUGUUUUAA